AUGCUCUCCGCCGUGUCCUCCGUGUCCUCCGCGCGCGCGCGCUUCCCCGCGGUCGCGAGGACGUUCCGCUCCGCGCGAGCGAGGCAGGUCGCGCUGCACACGCGCGCGUCGUCCGCGGAACAGGCGCGCGCCCGUCCCCGCGCUCCUCCUCCGAGCUCGCGCGCGUCGUUUCCGUUCCGUUCGCGCGUCGCGUGGCGUCGCGCGCGAUACGACGACGCGUCCCCGGAAGACGCGCGGCUGGACGCGCCGCGGUCGUUGUUCUUUUUCCCCGCGAGCGCCGCGUACGUGUACGUGUACGCUUUAGGUCUCGCCGACGCCGUCUCCUCCCCCUUCCCGGCGUCGUCGUCGUCGGCGUCGUCGUCGUCGUCGUCGUCGUUGUCGCAGCAGAAGUCCGAACAGAAGGUGCAAGAACAACAGCAGCCGCAGCAGAAGCCGCCGCAGCAGACGCCGCGCUAUUCGCGAGAGUACGCGCGGAACCCCUACGCGCGGUUCUCGAUGUCGCCGGAUCCGUGGAACGAGCUCGCGCAGCUCAUGGAGAUGAGAAUCCCCCGCCGCUUCCUCACCCCAGGGUUGCUCGGGGGGGACAUGGGGACGGGUUCCUCGCUCGGCGCCGGUCCGAUCCCGCACCGCGACAGCGUCGGCCGUCUGCCGAAUAACUUUGACUUCAACAUGAACAUCAUCGAGACGAAGAAAGGGUACGAGUUCACGGCGGACCUCCCGGGGCUGUCCAAGGACAUGGUGAACGUGGAGCUGGACACGGACAACGACAUGCUCAUGAUCAGCGCGGAGCGCGCGGAGCGACACGAGGAGGUGCGUCCCCCGGAGGAUUUCCGCGACGUCACGGAGAGCAGAGGGACGUUUUUGGUGCACGAGAUUCACCCGGACGUUCCGGAGGACGAGGACAAGGACAGCGGAUUCAAAUUCCACGUCUACGAGCGUUCGUACGGAAAGUAUCAGAGGCAGUUCAGGAUGCCGGAGAACUCAAUCUCGGACCCUGGGAAGCUCGACGUCACGCUGAAGAACGGCGUGUUGACCGUGAAAGUCCCGAAGAAGCCGGACGCGAUCGACAAGGCGGAUAAGAAGAACCUGAAGAAGAUCGCGAUCAAGGGAUGA